AUGGCCUGGCCAAGUAUCGUUGCUUUUGGCAAGGAUGAAUCUUCCUGGAUCCUCAAAAUUGACGAUCCAAUCGGGCUAUGGUCUUCUCACAUGAGUUGCAUACCAAGAGAAUUGGCGACUGUCCUUGAUGAGAGGUCUGACUCCAUUGAGCAGGUCGCAUUAGGGCCGGAUGGGGAGUGGUUCAUACUUCUAGAUGACCAAGACCGGUCAACCUUUUUUGGCAACUCGUCCGAUUUGUUUGCUGCGGCGCUGCAUGCCGCGAAGGACGCGGACGGCAAGAUGCAGAUCUCUUGGGUUGCUUUCGGCCCACAGAACUCGUUUUUUGUUUACCGCGUGGAUGGCGAGCCAUUUUGGCACGGCCUCCCAGAAGAAUUAGAGGAGCUGCUGGCGAAGCGUCCUCGGGACGUGAAGCAUCUCGCGCUUGGUCGUCCCACAGGUUGGUGGGUGCUUUUCCACAACGGUGUGUGGAAGUGGCACUUGCCACCAGAACAUGGGCUUUCAGACUGGCUGAAGAGCUCAGAGGCUUACACGUUAAAUCACGUCUACCUCGGAAACAACGGCGAGUAUUUCAUUGAGACAAAGCAGCAUUCCCACUGGAAGGCAGGAGAUUCUCUCAGCCGGGUUUUGUCGUAUUACUGCAACAGAAGCUCGCGACUGGAAAAGGUCAAAUCAGCCCUUGUCGAGUGCCCGACUUUGUUGCAAGCACAUGCAGAGCUCAUGACAGUCUUAAUGAAGGUGCUUGAGGAACAUCGUGAGGAUUGCUACUUCGACCAGCUCCUGGAAGCGAUCAAGAGCAAGCUGCUUUUCGAUCCACAUUUCACCCGCCUGUACUCCUUCAGCCCUGCCUGCUAUGGCCAACGAGGAGGAUACCCAUACUUCAAGCCAUGCGGAUGGCUCAGAUGCUCCCUUGCAAUCGAGAACUUCGAAGAGUAUUCAGGUUGGUGCAUUGCAUAUCAUGGGACAAGUUGUCAAAAUGUCGCAUCCAUUAUGCUUCGUGGACUCCGAAAGCCAGGUGAUGAAGGUGUUGGUGUUGCGCAUGGCCAGGCUUACAGCAAAAGCGGCUGCAAGAUUUACGUCAGUCCAUCUAUUGAGUAUGCUGCUUUUCCAGUGUACGCAGAAUUUCUUGACAUUGAGAGGAACCAUUGGGCACAGCUUGUUCUUGAGUGUCGUGUUCGUCCGGCCUCUUUCGUAGUGAAGCCUGGAUCCUUAGGGAACAAAUAUUGGCCAGAGCAUCUUCGCAUGGACCAAAACUUUGAGACGAAUUCUGAGUUAGAGUGGCUGAUUGACACUCCGGAGGAUGUCGCGUUCACUGGGCUCAUGAUUCGUGAAUUCGGAGAAGCAGCAAACGAGGAAAUCUACGGAAGCUUGGUGCGCCAAGUGACCUUGACUCCGGGAAGCAAGGGGCCCGAGUUUGAAUGGACGAAGCUCCGAGCGGCGGAGUACGAGCGACUGCAGUAUUGCAUUUGA